CACUUUAAAUAUAAAUGUAAACACAAAAUCCAAAAAAGUUUACAUUUUUGAGGAGCUUAAACUACAACAAUAAUUUCUGAGGGAAAUCUAUUCACUUUAAAUUCAAUGAGUAAAAACGAUUGGAAAGAGUUUAUAUAUUUGUGGUGCAUAAUAAUGUCGGGAAUCGUAAUUGUGGGCAGUAUUCUGAUGAUGAUCGUGUUCGCAGCUGGUCACAUUAACUUAUAUGGCCCCAACGAUGAUGUUGUCGAGCUAACCACGGCAAAUUUUGAGCACAAAGUGCUGCAGGACGAUGCUAUUUGGAUCGUGAAAUUCUAUGCAACAUGGUGCAGCUAUUGUAACGCAAUGGUGCCCGAGUACAAGAAGCUGGCCAAGGCGCUGAAGGGCGUUGCCAAAGUGGGCGCUGUCGAUGGCGAGCAGCAUUACGAGCUGUGCUCCACAUAUGAAGUGCGCGGCUUUCCGAUGAUCAAAAUAUUUGGCGUGAAUAAAACACAGCCCAGCGAAUAUUUUGAAGCACGAAACGCUGAACAAAUAGCCAAGGCAGUUGUGGCCGAAAUUCAACGAAAGUUGCAACUGGUCAUCAAGGGGCAAGAAGAUGUCGUCGCCGCAAAAGUCGCUGCCGAAGAAGAGCCAGAGAGUGAUGUGAUUGAGCUACAGACUGAUGAUUUUGCCAAGCAGGUGCUCAAUUCCAAUGAGAUUUGGCUGGUCGCAUUCUAUACGCCUUAUUGCAAGGCUUUGACUGCCGAAUGGAUUCAGGCAGCCAAUGAGCUGAGUGGCAAAGGCUUCAAGCUGGGUGCCAUGGAUGUCAGCAAGCAUAUGAUCAAAGAGAAGGAGUAUAAAUUCAGGGAUUGUCUAACCAUCAAAUAUUUUCCAGCCAACACAAGGUUAGUCAGCAAUGCGCAGGAUUAUCAUGGCAAGCGAAAUGCAGCGGAUAUUAUCAGUUGGGCGGUGGGAAAGUUGGAGGUGCCCCAACUGCUGCAGCUGAUCGAUGAGGCCAGUUUGUAUGCUGCAUGUGAGGAGAAAUCGUGGUGUGUGAUUUCGGUGCUGCCCUCACUGCUCGACUGCAAUGCCAGGUGUCGCCACACAUUGUUGCAUUCUUUACGCAAGCUGAGCGAAAAGUUUAAGCUGGAGCCUUUCGGUUGGUUGUGGAACGAGGCAGGAGAACAGCCGGUGCUAGAGGAGGGUCUGCAAGUGACAAACUCGGGUUAUCCAGCAUUGGUCGCCGUCAACUGCGAACAAAUGCAAUUCUCUGUAUUUAACGAACCAUUCACACACGAUAACUUGGUCAAGUUCCUAGGUGAUAUUGCCAAUAAUCGUGGCCAUAAGAUGCACAUCAAUUGUGCCCAGAGGCCAGCUAUCAACCAGGUUGCAGCCUGGGAAGGAGAUGAUGUACAGCUGUCCAAGAAGAUGUCACUCGCCGAACGCGAAAUCACCGAUGAGUUGUAAAGUGGCGUCUCCCAAAUACUUCAGUUAACUCAACACUAAAAGCUGAUAUGAAUUAAUAAAAACUCUAUUUGCUGAUUAGGAA